AAGGUAUCACGCUAUACCACUGAAAAUUCAUUCAUCAUUAACAGUUAUCAACAAGCUAGCUUUUACAUUUACUCUUUAAACCAGGAGUUAUGCAACAUUUUAAUGGUUUGUAUAGUAACUUGUAAGCAAAUAAUAUUCUUUAUAUUGUUAUGAUUUGAGCAGGUGAUAUCUAAGCUGGUAAUAACGUGUCGUGUUAUGGGAAAGACAGUGAGGUCAGGCGAUCGGUGGACCGUCAACAACGAUGUGAAAGGACUGCUACCGCUCUGACAGCUGUCUGACCAUAUUAUAGCACCGGUAAGAACGAUAGUCUUUAAAAUAGGGGCAAGAAGCUUAUUUUUGUAGGAGGAGUCUGGUCUGCAUGGAUGUUCGUACAAACAUGGCCGAUCAGAUCAACUUAAAUCAUGCCUGGAAAACUGAAGGCCAAAAUUGUGGCAGGGCGCCACUUGCCUGUCAUGGACAGAGCCAGUGACCUAACGGAUGCCUUUGUAGAGGUGAAGUUUGGAAACACAACCUUCAAAACAGAUGUUUGUCCUAAAUCCCUUAAUCCACAGUGGAACUCUGAAUGGUUCAAAUUUGAGGUUGAUGAUGAAGACUUGCAGGAUGAGCCUUUGCAGAUCACAGUAUUGGACCACGAUACUUACAGCGCCAACGAUGCCAUAGGAAAAGUUUAUAUUGACAUCGAUCCUUUACUGUGUACUGAAGCGGCCUCUAUCAUCUCUGGCUGGUUCCCUAUCUACGAUACCAUCCAUGGUAUCCGCGGAGAGAUAAAUGUCCUCGUAAAAGUGGAGCUCUUCAACGAUCUGAACCGCUUCAGACAAUCAUCAUGCGGGGUCAAAUUCUUCUGCACUACAUCAAUUCCAUACAGCUAUCGGGCAGUGAUGGUGCAUGGGUUUGUAGAGGAACUGGUGGUGAAUGAAGACCCAGAGUACCAGUGGAUAGACCGUAUAAGAACCCCUCGUGCAUCCAAUGAAGCUCGCCAGAGACUCAUUUCUCUGAUGUCUGGAGAACUACAGAGGAAAAUAGGGCUUAAGGUCUUGGAGAUGGGUGGGAACGCUGUGGUGGGUUACUUGCAAUGUUUCGAUCUGGAGGGAGAGUCGGGUCUGGUGGUCCGGGCCAUAGGUACCGCCUGCACUUUGGAAAAAUUCAGCUCUGGGAGCGCCUCGAUUACCUGUCCACACCCGAGCACGGCCCCUCCUUCCAACGCCUGCAAUUCUCCUAAAGAUGGAAAGGAGCUGGUAUUUGGUGAGGAGCUGCCCUUGUCUUCCGGCCCGCCUACCCCUUUCAGAGCCCUUCCCUCCUCCUCUUCCUCUCCUCCCCCCUUCUCUCCCUCCAAGCCAUGCAGCCGCCAGUCCUCAUCAUCAGACACAGACCUCAGUUUGACGCCCAAGACGGAGGAGCCCCUGUCAGUGAGACGCAGACCGGGGAUCUUCCUCUGCCCCAGCUCCCCCAUCCUCUCUGCAGACACACUGUCACUUCCUGGUUCGGGCCCAGCGGGCUGUGGUCACGGCUCUGCCCACAGAGCAACCACCCCGGCCCUUCCUUUCUCCACCCAAUCAGACUCUGCCUUGCUGAGAAAGAGUGUGUCCUUCACUGAGGACCUGCUGCUGGCAGCCUCUGGAAUGGGGAGUGGGGGCAGCGCUGGGAAGGAGGCGGGGCCUCUGAAGACCCUGCUGAGACAGCAGACACAGACCACUCUUGAGCAGAGGGGAGCGUCUUCCUCCGGGUUGUUGUUAAACGCCAGGGAGUUCCCGUUUUUCACCUUGACGUCCUUCCCACCUGGUUUUCUGGUUCACGUUGGCGGGGUGGUUAGCGCUCGCUCCGUCAAACUACUGGAUCGCAUCCACAACCCCGCCUUGGGUAACGCGCGCUCAUACAAACUGCUAGACUGGAAUAGUGUCACUGCAGAUGAACCGGAGACUCGCGAUGCCUGGUGGGAGGAGAUUCGCCAGGAAAUCAAAUCGCACGCCAAAGCUCUCGGUUGCCACGCUGUCGUUGGGUACAGUGAGAACACGAGCAUCUGCGAAGAGGUCUGUAUCCUGUCAGCUUCAGGCACAGCAGCCAUCUUGAAUCCUCGCUACAUGCGUGAAGGCUGCCUGGACGUUGGAAGCAUCGACCACAGGUUUGAUGAUCCUUCACCUCCCAACUGUGGCUUCUGUCACAUCCCAUACGACGAGCUCAACAUGCCGUUUCCUGCCCAGCUCGCGUAUUGUUACCAGUGCAGACGGCAAAAGGUUCCUGAUGUGCUUUUCACAACAAUCGAUCUGCCAGCAGAAGCAGCUGUCACAGGAAAAGGCUGCCUCAUUCAGGCCAGAUUGUGUCGUCUGAAGAAGAAAGCCCAGGGAGAAGUGAAUGCAACGGCCAUUUCGAACCUGUUGCCUUUCAUGGAAUACGAGCUGCACACUCAGCUGAUGAAUAAGCUGAAACUACGGAGCAUGAACGCUCUCUUUGGACUCCACAUACAGAUCAGUGUUGGAGAAAACAUGCUCCUGGGAUUAGCUUCGGCCACAGGAGUGUACCUGACUGCUCUGCCAGCACCAGGAGGGAUACAGAUUGCUGGGAAGACUCCCGGCGACCUGAACAAUGAGCAGCAUGUUGCAGCUAUCCAGAAAAGAAUCAACGAUGCCAUCGCCAAGAACAAAGAGCUCUACCAAAUAAACCCUCCGAAAUUAUUUGCCCUGGACCCAGAGGUGUUCUGCGGCACCACCAUGGAGCUGACAGACGAAGGAGUGGGUUCCCCGAUCCCCGAGCCGAGGCAGCGAUCCAGAAUUUUCCGCUCCCACUCAGAAAGCUCUGAUGAACUCUCUGAACUCGAUCUAUCACACGGCAAAAAGGACGCCUUCGUCCUGGAGAUUGAUGACACCGACGCUGUGGAGGACAUCCACUCUCUCCUCACUGAUGCACCUCCACCUGCAGGUUUCCACAGCUGCAGCACUGAGACCAUGCCUGGGAUUUAUAACUGGACGUCAGGAAUACAGAUGUUUACAUCAGUCAGGGUUCUUAGGUUGAACAAUACCAAUCUAACCAAUCAAGGCCUUAACAAGAUCUUCACUGACCUUUGUGAGAACCUGCUUAAGAGUUUCUACUUCAAGUUGCGCUCCACAGUUCCCUGCUGUCUUUGUCAUCUUAACUUCACGGUAGCAGUGCCGGAGGAAGAGCUGGUUCAGGUCUCUGUGACGGCAGUUGCCAUGACUUUUGAUAAGGACCAGAAUCAGGAGAAGCCACCAGAGAAGGCCACCACUAAAGGUGGGAGCGAGACUGAAGACCAGCUGCAGUUUCCUCUGGAGUUGAGCGCCGACUCUUCGUCUACCAGCCCUCAGCCAUCUAAAAUCUCAGGUGUCGCAGAGAAUACCAUUGUCUCAACUAGAGCUGUCUCCGUUGAUUACGGUUCCUUUGCAGACAGAUGCAGCACCUGGCUAGAGCUGCUUAGGCUGAAAGCUCACACCAUAAGACGAGGAUCAGUUAAGACAAGUAGGAGGACACAGUCUCUAGCACACUCUGUCUCGUCUUUGGAGCACUGCAGUCCGCUCCCCGAAGGCCGCUCGCGCUCGCUUUGCUCCAGCCGAUCGUUCGGAGUGGGUUCAGUGACUAUGGUGAAGAUGACGCCGCUCUCCUUCCUUCCUGGGACGCGCAUCAUCAAAUAUCUUGGGAUCAUCAACAUGUUCUUCAUCAGAGAGACGACAUCUUUACGGGAGGAAGGCGGGGUUAGUGGCUUCCUUCAUUCCUUCAUUGCUGAGGUGUUUGCGAUGGUUCGAGCCCAUGUAGCAGCUCUGGGUGGAAACGCGGUUGUGUCCUACAGCAUGAAAGACUGUGUUUUAAUGGAAAAUCCUAACAAAAACCAGGCUCAGUGUCUCAUUAAUGUGAGCGGCGACGCGGUGAUCUGCGUCAGGGAAACGGACCAGGAGCAAACCACAAACACUGGACAGACUUGUGGCACCAUUGAUGGAGCUACAUGACAGUGAAACUGUCUCAUUUGUGCAGGAGAAAACAGGAGAGAACUAGAAAUCCAAAUCUAAACAAGAUAAAGUUUGCCUUAAAAUUCUGUAGGCGAUCCAAAGGUCCAGAGACGAAAACUUUCCUCCAAAAUCUGCAAAGGAAGCAAGUGAAAGAUUCUUUUAUCUGCAGAUACUGAUGAGUCAUUUCUGGUUUAAAAUAGCCAAAGGAACCUUCAGAGUGUGAAGCGUCAUUAAAGCCAUCCAUAUUGGGAUUUAACCACAAUGCAUUCGCCAUCGUUUGUGUUGGGAUUACACAUGAGGCAGCUAUUACUGAUUGGUCCAUCUGCAGAUCAUUUCAUUCAAACGGCCGUGAUAAAAGGGAUGCAUGUGUCCAUAGGCAAAUCAUUUAACUCCUAACACCCUGUUUUGUAUCAUUUUUGCCAUGAGGGUUGUUCGACCUGAAGGUGGGGUUUAGAGUGCCAAACGUCAAGAUAGAACCCAUGAGAGUUUUCUGGUUUUAAUGUCUCAUAUGUCUGUAAUCCUUCUGGAGUGGGCAACUCAAAAAUUGCUGAUGGGUUUAAUGUAACAGAUAAAUGUCAUUAGUGACCUGUCAGGGUUUAGUUCCAGAUAUGUUUCAUUGGAUAACGUUAAACUGUGAGGUUUGGGAUUGAAGCAGCAGACCUGGCAUUACCACCUCCUCCUGAAGCAUCACUCUGUGUCAAAUUUUUUUUUUGCCAAGCCUCUGCUGCUUUGGUGUUUAAAAAACUUCCCACUGAUCUGUUUUGCACUUAGAGAUAUUUUAGUGUUGAUGUCACCUGAAAAUAUAUGGAGCUAGGAUUGGGACAAUAUUACAUGUAACUUGUACCAAGUUUUGUAAUGGUAACUUUCAUUUUGUAGCAUGUCAUUCACAUUUUGUAAAAUGUAACCUUUUGUUUGUAACAAUUCUAAUUUUGUAACGUGUAACUUUCGUUUUGUAACUUAUAAAUUUUGGUACGUAACAACUUUGUGUGUUUCGAGUGUUGUGAUUUGAUACUUGUACAUUGACUGAAAAGUUUCAUGUUACGUACCAAAAGUUUCAUCCUACAAAAUGACAGUCAAGUGUUACAAAUCAAGAAUUACGUGUUACAGAAUGAAAGAUAUGUGUUACAAAAUGUGAAUUACAUGCUACUUAAUGAAAGUUAGUUUCAAAACAGAUAAGAAGUUACAAAACUUAGUGCAAGUUACAUGUUAUAUUGUCCCUAUCCUAGCUCCAUAAAAAUAUACUAUAUACUAUAAAUGUUUAUAAGUCUGUUUAUAUGUCUAUAAUCAGAUUUUUGUAUUUUUGUAACAUCAAAGUAAUAAAUCAUACUGCUCUCCUUACCUGUGCAGAGAAAUCACAAUGAUUCAGCUUGUCAGAAAUUUAGAGGUACUCUUAUCUAUUUGUGAUCAGUAGAUUGUAAUAAUUUUCCUGUAUUCGUGUCAAAAACUUGAAUGUAUAUAGUUUAAUGCUUUUGCUCUUUGACUAGCAGCAUGCAGACACAAGUUUUAUUGCCAUAUAUCUGUAUGCUUGCCUGUUAAGUUGUACAAUAAAUUCAUCUCAAACCAAA